UCCAGUUGGUGGCGGUAUCCGGCAACAUGGACCGGCACCGAAGAGCGUCGCUUUCGUAUGACGCAAUUUCCCCGCGACUUUCAAGUUUGGGAAGACAGUAGAGCUUACAAGCGAACAUAUUUCUGAAGAAAGGGUUUCGUGUUUUCAUUUUAAAAUGCUGAAAAAGAAGUCAAGCAGUUCUGAAAAGAAAAGGAAACACUCCCAAAGUGAAGAAAGACAUGACAACACUAAACGCAGAAGUACGGAGUCAAACCAGGAGCCGGACUCAAAGGAUGAGCUGGCUGAUCCAGAGCUGGACAGGAUUGGCAGCGACAUCGAGGAGGGAGGACUUGACCUCAGCCAGCCGUUCAAACCCAUCACUGAUUACAUCAGCAACAAGCAGGAGAUGCUGGAGCAGUGUCUCCACGUGCUGGGGGACAAGAAGCUUCGCAAAAUGCUGCCAGAUGAACUUAAGGACUGUAGUUUAGACGAAAUCAAAAAGCUGUGCCAGGAGCAACUGGAGCCGAUCUCGGAUAACAAUCUAAUUCAGAUCUUAUCAGGAGAAGAAUUAACUAACGGAAAUGAGGACAAAAACACUGAAGAGACCACAGAGAGCCAGCAGGACAAUAAUGUGGACUCUACGUCUUGCCUCAAAGAAACUGCAAAAACUGAAGACCCCAAGCAAGAGGGUGGCGGCUCAGGUGAGGAAAGCGAUGUCCUGAGCAUAAACGCAGAUGCUUACGAUAGCGACAUAGAGGGACCUAAAGAGGAGCAGGCUGUGAAAGCCGUGGACGGGGUAGUGAAAGUAGCAGACAGCAGCAAGGAAGGUGCUGACCCACCUGUAAACGCUGCCCCAGCAAAUCCUGAACCUCCCCCAGACUCUAAACCAGCAGAACCAAAGAAAGACAUCCAGAGUGACAUUGACAAAAGUGUAAGCGAGAUUUUAGCGUUUUCAUCCGCCUCGAGCAAAGAACAGACCAAGGCACCUCCGCCGCCUGCAGAGAUAAGCACACCUGUUCAAAGUGGACCAGUCUCAAGUCGUGCGGCUGCAGCAUGUCAGCCAUCAAUUCAGCAACUGGAGCUUCUGGAGUUGGAAAUGAGGGCGAGGGCCAUCAAGGCUUUGAUGAAAGCAAGUGAUGGGAAAAAAACAAAUCUAACAAAAACUGUGUAGCAAGGUUUUUUUUGUUUUGUUUGUGUUUUGAUGGUUUAGGUCCUGUGUCCACUGAUGGUGUUUAUUUGCGCUGGCAGGAACCAGAUUCAGAGCACUCAGUUAAUGGACACAGGCCCUUGUUUUCUUGAAAAAUGCAUCUCCCAUACUGAACAUUUCUUUUGUUUGUUGGAUUUGUUGUGGACUAUUUUUUUUUAAACUCCUGGUUCAUCCUUUCAUGAGUGAUCAUUGAAACCAUGUUUGAUUUUUGCUCCACAUUGGAAUGAUAUUUCAGACUGUUCAGUGUGUAUUAAGCACACAAAGACUUGUUCGACACUGAUUGAAUGAAUCCUCUCAGAGCUGAAUAACACUAUGAUCUGUUGAGGUGAAAUUCUGUCUGUGGUCACUAGAUGGCAGUGUUUACCUGUCACUGCACAGCCCUGCUGGUGUUCCUCGUCUCUGAAGAGGAGAUAAUGUGAUUUAUUUGCUCACAUUACAGUGAAAAUAUUAAAGAAAAAGAUAUACAUUUUU